UCAUGUGAGUGCACAGUUUAUGUUGCAUUAAGCUGUCAACUGAGAGGAAGAUCACAUCCCUGCCUUUUGGGUGGGAGGAGUAUUCCUCACCACAACUGUGCAAGAAGAAAGGACUUUUCCCCUCAACACUGGACGACAGAUAAAGAGUGGACUCUGUCGUUUUAUCUGCCGAAUGGAAUUAAUCCAAUGAGCUGAUGUUGGAUAAGUGGAAUGCAAAGUCAGAAAAUCUCUACUGUUUACCAGCUCUGAACAAACAAAAUAGCUUUUUUUUCUGCUGAUGCAAAGGUUUUGGAUCUCUGCUGACGUUAACUGAAGUUGAUUUCGUCAAGGAUUUCCAUCUGGAGUGCUUAGAAACGUUCUGAUUAUGUUUGAAGAUCUACAACCCCCCACUUCAGCUUUGCUGUUAGGGGUCUUUGUUGCUCUGCUGCUCCUUCACCUUCUUUACUUCAGAACUUUCAUCCAAGAAAAACGAGAACCUCCAGGACCCAGACCUGUUCCUCUGUUUGGUAACUUGUUUCAGGUGGAUCUGAAGUGGCUUGACAAAAGCCUUUUUGAAUUAUCCAAAACUUAUGGACCAGUUUUCCAAGUCUACUUUGGACCAAAGCAAGUGGUGGUUCUGGCAGGAUACAGGGCCGUCAAACAGGCUCUGGUGAACCAGUCCGAUGAGUUUAGAACCAGAGAAAUCCCUCCAAUAUUUUAUGAUUUACACAAGAGAUGUGGUAUAGCAUUUUCCAAUGGAGACUCCUGGAAAGAAAUGAGACGUUUUGCUCAGACAACAUUGAGAGACUUUGGAAUGGGCAAAAGGUUGAGUGAAGAGAUGAUAACCAAGGAAUGUUGCUUCUUAAUUGAAGAAUUUGAUCAAUUUGAAGGUAAAACCUUCAACAACACCAAGUCCUUGAAUUAUGCUGCAACUAAUGUCAUUUCAUCUCUGAUGUUUGGAAAGAGAUUUGAUUAUAAAGAUCAGAUCUUCCAAGCUAUGGUGGAGAGGGAUAGUGAGAUUGUUCGUCUGACAGGAACAGCCUCCCUUUGGAUUUACAACUGCUUUCCUUGGCUUGGUCCUGCUUUACAAAACUGGAGGGAUUUUAUAAAGAUUGUGGAGGACAGUAAGAUGAAUGUGAGGAAGAUAAUAGCAGAUCUGACAGACACUCUGGACCCUGAGGUGUGCAGAUGCUUCGUUGAUUCAUUUCUGAUCCGUAAGAAACAUCUGGAGGAUUCUGGAAUCAAGAACUCUCACUACCAUGAUGACAACCUGCUGUACACGGUGUUGAACGUUUUUGAAGCUGGUAAUGAUACGACUGCGAACACAGUGAAGUGGGGUCUCCUUUACAUGGCCAAGUUUCCUCAUAUUCAAGGUGCAAACAUUUCUUCAUACCACUGUUUAGAUUUUGACACUUGGAUCUAAUUUUAAUUUGUAACCAGAUUGUGUUCAGGAGGAGCUGAGCAGGGUGGUUGGAAACCGGCAGGUUCGGGUGGAGGACAGGAAGAACCUGCCGUACACUGAUGCUGUGA